GCUGUUACAUUCCUGUCAAAUUUACUUAGAACUCGUGUUGUGUAAAAUUUUCUUACGCACAUACUAUAAAUUAUUGAUUGUAUUCAGAUUUCUGAAAUUUUUGGCUGCAUUUAACUUAAACAGAGCAAAAUGGCCUUAUCACCUGGCGUAAAGGAACGUUUAGAAGUAGUUUAUGACGUCGCAAAGACCUCGUUUCACUGGGGUUUCAUUCCGAUGGUUAUUUACUUAGGUUUCCGUAAAGGCGCUGAACCCGGCAUGCCACCACUAUCGCUACUGAGCUUGCUUUGGCAAUAAAUCACACUUUUGUAACUUUACGGGGGGAUUCGUAACUGGACACAUUAUGGUACCGAAGUGUUGUCGGUAUAUACUUUGUGCUUUAGUAUGUUUAAAAUAAAAUGAUAAAUUUGUUGAA